GGGAGACUGAACAUGUCAUAUGAUUCUUAAAACUUUCUGUUCAUUUCAAUCUUCAAAAUCAAAAAUCAAAUUUCAACAUUCACAGAACAAGACACUUUUCAAUUCAGAUAUAUUUUCCUUGACCUGUAUUUCAAAUUUUUUCCUUUUUGGGAAAGAAUGGGAAGUUUAGUGAAGAAGAGUGGCAAUGAUGGUAGUAAGACAAUGACUACUACUACCACUGAGUCGGGGACCGAGUCAAGAGAGAGUAGUAGUUCAAGCUGUUCCAGCUCUGAAGACUCAUCCGAGGAAGUGAAAAAAAGGGAGUCUUGUUCACCCUCUCUUUUGGGUUGGCCUAUCAGGAAAGCUGGAGUGUCAAAAAACAGUUUGGUUUCUGAUGAAAUGGGACGUCCAGAGAAGAUCCAUUUUGAUGAUUUAACGUUUAAGAAACCGGGCUCUCUUAUUUCAGAUAUGGAUAUGAUGAAGGAAAGGUUUGCAAAAUUGUUGCUUGGAGAAGACAUGUCAGGUUCUGGUAAAGGUGUUUGCACAGCUUUGGCCAUAUCUAAUUCCAUUACCAAUCUAUGUGCUUCUAUAUUUGGACAAUUAUGGAGAUUAGAGCCAUUACCUUCUGAAAAGAAAUCAAUGUGGAAAAGAGAAAUGGAACUGCUUCUUUGUGUUGGUGAUCACAUUGUGGAAUUGAUCCCAUCUUGGCAAACAUUUCCAGAUGGAAGUAAGCUUGAGGUUAUGACUUGCAGGCCUAGAUCAGAUCUUUUCAUCAAUCUCCCAGCUCUCAAGAAACUAGACAGCAUGCUUCUUGAAAUCUUGGAUAGUUUUGUGGAUACCGAAUUUUGGUAUGUUGAUCAAGGGAUUAUAGCCUCAGAAGCAGAUGGAUCAGCUUCUUUUCACGAAAAAAUUCAGAGGCAAGAAGAGAAAUGGUGGCUUCCUGUGCCCCGAGUACCGCCUGGUGGCCUCUCUGAAAAUUCAAGAAAACAACUGCAUCACACGCGCGAAUGCACAACUCAGAUCCUGAAAGCUGCAAUGGCCAUCAAUAAUAUUACCGUAGCAGAAAUGGAAAUGCCUGAGUCAUACUUAGAAUCUCUACCAAAGAAUGGGAAAGCCUGUUUAGGGGAGGUUAUAUACCGGUACGUUACAUCAGAUCAAUUCUCUGCUGACUGCCUGCUAGAUUGCCUUGAUCUGUCUUCAGAGCAUGUGGCUCUUGAGAUUGCGAACCGUGUGGAAUCAUCAAUAUAUGUGUGGCGUGGAAGAACUCACUCGAAGUCCCCGCUUUAUCCAAACCAUUCCACUGCAAAAUCAUCAUGGGAGAUGGUGAAGGACUUCAUGAACGAUGGAGAUAAGAGGGAGUUGCUUGCAGAAAGAUCUGAAAGUCUCUUGCGUUGCUUGAAACAGCGGUUUCCUAGUCUAACACAAACUACAUUGGACACCAGCAAGAUUCACUGCAACAAGGAUGUUGGGAAAUCCAUUCUCGAGAGCUAUUCAAGAGUUCUGGAGAGUCUGGCAUUCAACAUUGUCGCCCGGAUCGAUGAUUUAAUAUAUGUCGAUGACUUGACUAAAAAUUCGGAUAAGGUGUCAUCAGUGACAACAGCCAGUGUAAUUUCUAAUAAGAAAGUUACAGUCCCCUCCAGUAGUGUGCCUGUCUCAGGCACUCCACAUAAAGCAACAUUUAGCAGUAGCACAUCAAGCUUUUCACCUGCACCUCUAAUUAGUCCUGCAAAAGGGGGGAGAACUCCUUGUCGCCUCAGCAGCAGCAGCAACAACAAGGCUAACCGCGGUUUUGGGGUGAGGAGAGUGUUGACAAAUUAUCUUGGUGCUGCUGACACAAAAGCAAAGAUUUGUUCACUUACAACAAAUGGUUCUCAAGGUUUGUUGCAUCAACAAAAUUCAUCAUCAGCCACCCAGAAAGGGUCGAAGUUGUGCCAAAAUCAAAACUUAUGAACCAGGAUGAAUAUAUAUUGUGAUUUAAACUAGGAUUGUUGAUGGUAGCGGCCAUUUUCUUGUGACAAUUACUGAUGUUCAUGAGUUUGAAAUAUCUAGUUUGCCAAUCAUUUCAAUGUGAUUAUUGAGACAAUAAAAUCAUGUGCACAAUUUUACGUACAAA